AUGGCCAGUCCACCGGCCUCCCCCAUGACCGCUGCUUACUAUCAUCACCGACCUUCCCAGGUCCUCCUCGAUCCCGAGGCCGGGAUAUCACAAGUAGUCCUCACCAAGCCGGAUCUUGGAUUCCAGAACCUCGGACCAGCGAGCUCGAGCAACGUGGCCUUGCGUUCUCCUCACCACGAGCGCCUCCCCGCCGGCAACACGCGCGUCCGACUCCGGCCAGGAAAGCGCAUGUACAUGCGAUCCGAGUCGGUACAUAGAAGCUCGCCGUCCAGGCGGGCGCGCCGAUCCCGACGCAAGAAUGGAUCUGGAAUACGAUACGAUACGAUACGAAUCCCGGCUCCAGACGAAUCCGCAUCCCCUCCCUCCCCCGCCCGGUCUGUCUCGGCCAUCCGAGCGAACGAUGACUGCACAUCGCGCCCACCUGCGCCGGAGUGA